CUUUUAUACUCUGUCUAGGGCAUGGCGGUUGGUUUCGCUCUCUCUCUCUCUCUCUCUCUCUCUCUCUGUGAUUUAUCCUCAAGACACUACAGAAGUACACUGAAGCCCUAGCCAACGCCCCGCACACUCUCACGCGCUUAGUUUUGAGGUUCCUGUCUUCAACUGCUGCUCUGACACUCAGGAAGUUCACCAAGAAGUUACAAGCUGCGAAAACAUCUGGAGGAUGGCAGCAGAAAUGGAGGGAAGCUCUUCCGGAGGCUGUUUGGAGAAACUGACGAGCUAUGUGCGGACUCGGAAAGGAACCAUCCUGGCCGCUGAAAUAAUCCUCGGUUUCAUCAUCCUUAUCUGCUAUGCCAUGUCUAUAUAUGGAGGGUAUACAGCGGUCGCCAUCUGUGAGACGGUCAUUGCCACCGUCUUCUUCGUUGUCUUCAUGUUGGAGCUGGACAAACAGUUUCGGGUGGUGCACUGGAUCUGGAGCGAUCUCAUCCGCGCUGUAAUCGGUGCAGCACUUUAUCUCAUAACCUCUCUGAUCUGUGUGUUCAGGGGGCAUGGAGACGGGGCUCUCAUCACUGGUGGGGUGUUUGGUCUGGUGGCUGGGGUCUUGUAUGCUUAUGAUGCCUACACGAUUUACUUGGUCCUCAAGAGCAGCAGAGAGAAUACAGCUGCUCCCACAGACACAUUCACAACGGACCCGUAUAUCUUCUCCUCUUCUCUUUGUGCAGUCUGAAUCAAAACAACGUCAUGCGCUGGCGAAGAUAUCACAGUUUGAAACUACUUUCUCACUACAACAUUAACAGCAAGCAAAACAUGCAGAACAAGUCUACAAAUGGCAAAAGGAGUGAAUUCCUGAGAGUUAUCGUGAGAGAUGAAGACCAGAGGAAACGUCACACGGCAAAAGAGGUUCAUGUACAAGGGAUUGAAAAUAAAGGCAUUCAAAGAUUCAUUCCGUCAUCUCGGUCAGGCGGCUUUCAGUAGCACACAUUGUGUGUUGGCUUGGUCGGUUCUCACAACAUUUGAUAACAUCUGAUCAAUCUGACAACAUGAAUACAGUGUUCAGAAGAGCUUCCCAUUCUUUACUAGAGAAAGACACAUUUUGACCAAGUCAUUAUUAGUAAAUUGUGUUGGAGAACUUGAUUUCAUUUAGUCUGGUGCUGUUUUUUUAUAACAUUUCACCUAAUUUUUAGUAACUAUUGAUUGUUCUUGUGUUUUGUGCUUAAAUGGAGUAGUUGUAGUUGUAUAAGGUUAAUCAAAAAGGAUUUAAGUCGGAUGUUUUCAACUCAAUAAAAAUUGUUUUUUAGAAGUCAUAGAGGAUAGAUUUUUUUUCUCCUACUUGAAAACCAUUUAUAACGUAUAAUUAGUUUUUUUUUGUUUUUUACCAUUUAAAACUUAUAUAUACCAGUUAGCUGAAGACAGUUGGCCUGUUUUUCCUCUCAUGUCUGUAUUGUUUUUGCGACCUCACCUCUACCCCAGUGAUUUCCUGAAAACAUUUAUUUGCGAGAUGAUCAGAAAUGCCAUCAAGUCUGUAAAAAAUUAUUAACUCAUGAUACUCUACUCUUUUCAAACAGACAUUUGUUUUAUUCUGUGUUUACAGCACGAGAUUUAAUUAUGUAGGGUGUAUGUCUUUAAAAUGGUGUUGGUGGUAUUUCGAUUACAUUUAAUAAAAUGCUGUUAUAACGUUUCCAACUA